AUGAUAUCAGUCUGCCUCAAUACCCCACAUACCUUUUCUUUCUUCCCAUCAUUUUAUUACAUUGUAUUCUUCACUGACACUGUCGUCACUAUUGUAUUUCUUACCGAAGCUGUCAUCAAGAUUAUUACAAAUGGACUUAUUACACAUGAAGGAAGCUAUCUUCGAGAUCGCUGGUGCCAAUUCGAUUUUUUCUUGCUUAAUUUGCAUAUUUCAUCGGUAUUACUAAGUGCUUGUGAACUCAUUUCUAUUUGGUUUCCACAUUUGCAAUGGCAAUACCGACCUUGGUACGGUGUUAUCAGAGCCCCGAGACCGUUUAUUAUGAUACGAUUUGUUCGUUCAAUUGUACGCUUCAAAUUACCUAGAAAUCGUAUUCAGCAAAUUAUCAAGCGCUCUUCUCAACAAAUUCAAAACGUGACAAUAUUUUUUAUGUUUUUUAUGGCAUUUUAUGCAAUAAUGGGAGUUCAACUUUUUGGUCGCAUGAAUUAUCAUUGCGUUCUGCCAGGAACAAAUGUCUCAAAUGUAACAAUCGCAGAUUUAGCGAUUCCGGACACUAUGUGCUCCCAAAAAGGAGCUGGUGGAUAUGAAUGUCCUGGGAAUAUGCAGUGUGUUAAAUUAGACAUGAGUGCUCAUGCUGCAGGUUUCUACGGAAUGUUCAACGAUUUUGGUUCAAGUUUAUUCACAGUUUACAUGGCAGCAUCUCAGGAAGGAUGGGUUUACGUUCUUUAUGAUUGCUUGGAUACUUUUCCACCUUAUAUUGCUUUUUUUUAUUUUAUAACUUUGAUAUUUUUACUGGCUUGGCUAGUGAAGAAUGUGUUUAUUGCUGUUAUAACAGAAACUUUUGCUGAAAUCCGAGUACAAUUUAGUGAAAUGUGGCAAACGCGUGAAAUUACAAUUCAAGAUAGCUUUGCUCAGAAGCUAGAAAAAACUGAAGAUGGAUGGCGACUAGUAGCAGUUGAUGCAGAAAAAAUGAAUCCUAACAGUGCUCCAAAGCCUCUUUAUUGGAUUGUACGCUCAGCCACGUUUCAAACAUGCAUGAUGGUAAUGGUAGUUUUGAAUGCUCUGAUUAAUGCAUCUCUCGUACACAAGCAUGAUGCAAGUGAUGAACCGCGCAAGUUAAUCUACUAUUAUAUUGAAGUAGGCUUCACGAUAAUUUUUAAUGUGGAAUGCCUUUUGAAAAUUUUGGCGUUUGAAUGGCAUCGAUACGUACGACGUGGUUUACAUAAAUUUGAAUUUAUUUUAUGUAUUGGUAGCACCUUAAAUGUUAUAAAGCCACUCUAUUCAAAAAAUAUUUUUACUUACUUCCAAGUAUUUCGAAUUGUUCGUUUGAUCCGUGCAUCACCAAUGCUAGAGGAUUUCGUUUAUAAAAUUUUUGGACCAGGAAAAAAGUUAGGUGGUUUAGUAAUAUUUACCAUGGUACUGCUCGUUAUUACUUCAGCAAUUUCGCUUCAACUCUUUUGCUAUGUACCAAAUUUGGAUAAAUUUCGGACUUUUCCACAGGCAUUCAUGUCAAUGUUUCAAAUAAUUACACAAGAAGGUUGGACAGAUGUAGUUGUGGAGAUUCUGCGUACCACAAAUGAAUCCAUGGUUCCAUUUGUCACAAUAUAUUUUGUUGGAUAUCACUUAUUUGUUACUUUGAUAGUACUGUCAUUAUUUGUAGCUGUCAUUCUCGAUAAUUUAGAGAUGGAUGAAGAAUUGAAAAAAGUUAAACAAUUAAAAGCAAGAGAAGAGACCACCUGUAUGCGUACAACACUUCCAUGGCGAUUAAGAAUUUUUGAUAAAUUUCCAACUCGGCCACAGAUGGUAGAAUUACGCAAAGUUUCAAGUGAAUUUCCUUUGCCAAAAGUACGUCAAAGUUUCACGAAGCAAUUUACAGAAGGAAAUACUCCAACAUAUGAUUCACAUUCAGAUGAGCCUAAUCUUUACCAGAAACAGGUACUACGCAAUUUUGGUAAAGCGUUUUUCCGUAAUGCUUUAAUUGUACGUCAGAUUGGACAACUUUCAUCUAAAUGGACUAUCAGCAUCUUAAUUGAAGAAACAAAGCGAAAUCGUGCUUUGCUUUCGGAUUCUAAUCAGUUUAUCGCUCAAUUAGGUCGAAGUAGUAAUCGAAUGUGGGGUGAUUCAAGAUAUCGAAACAGAAGUAUCAGUAGACCAACAAAAUUAAAAGUUGUUUAUGAGCAUCUGAAAGAAAAUGGUGAUGUACGUUUAGCAGAUUCUGCACAUAAAACUGUUUUAAAACAAGGAGAAAUUGAUAUUAAAGCAUUGCAGCAAAGACGACAACAUGCAGAAUUGACCAGGAAUCGAAUUGAAGAAGAAAUCAGAGAGAAUCAUCCUUUUUUUGAUCGACCACUUUUUGUGGUUGAUCGAGAUUCUCGUUUAAGACGUAUUUGUCAAGAAAUAGUUUAUGCAAAAUAUUUGCCUGACAAAAUUGAUUCAAUUACAGGAAAGCAAAUACAACAACGCUAUAAGCAAUUACAUGCAUUAAUAGGCUUAUUGACAUAUCUUGACUGGGCUAUGGUACUUUUCACUGCACUUUCUUGUGGCUCAAUGUUAUUUGAAAGCCCGUGGCCAACUACUGGAGAAAAUAUGAUCUUCAAUAAUCCGUAUUUACAAAUUUGUGAGUAUAUGUUUGUUAUAUCAAUGACCUUUGAACUUGCUGUAAAAAUACUUGCAAAUGGAUUCAUUUUUACGCCAACUGCCGUAGUACGAGAUGUUGGCGAUGUUAUGACUCUUUUCAUUUAUAUUACAAGUGUGAUUUACUUAAUUUGGAUGCCACGUCACGUUGAAAUUAACUCUUUAGCACAGCUGAUGAUGAUCUUUCGAGCUAUGAGACCUUUGCGUAUUUACACUUUAGUACCACACAUUAGAAGAGUAGUAGUUGAACUCUGCAAGGGAUUCAAGGAAAUACUUUUGGUUACCAUUUUAUUGGUAUUGCUAAUGUUUAUAUUUGCUAGUUUUGGAGUGCAAAUCGCAGGUGGCAAGUUAGCAGCUUGUAAUGAUCCAACAAUUACAGAAAGAGAGAAAUGUUUUGGGUUAUUUGAACAAAAAAUAUUUGUUACUCGAAUGGAAGUAUACGGGAAGAAUGAUGAUGAGUUGCACCCUAAAAUAUGGGUACCACGAGUAUGGACAAAUCCACGAAAUUUCAACUUUGAUCAUAUCGGUAAUGCAAUGUUAGCAUUAUUCGAAACAUUGUCAUACAAAGGUUGGAAUGUUAUUCGCGAUAUUCUGUGGAUGAGACAAGGACCUUGGGCAGUUGUAUUUAUUCAUAUAUAUGUGUUUACUGGCUGUAUGAUUGGUUUAACUCUUUUUGUUGGCGUUGUUAUUGCUAAUUACACUGAAAACCGAGGUACAGCUUUGCUUACGGUAGAUCAGCGCCGUUGGCAUGAUCUAAAAGCACGUCUGAAAAUGGCGCAGCCUUUGCAUGUGCCUCCGAAACCAGCUGAAUCUGCAAAACUUCGAAUUAGAUUGUACGAAAUUACUUUAAGUAAAUGGUUCAAACAGGUAUUUGUAGUAUUAGUAGUAAUCAACUCAGUGACCUUAUUCGUUCCUUGGAAUGUUGAAGAAGAAAAAAACAGUCCAAACGCACUUUUUUUCAUGACAAGCCUUUCAGCCAUAGUUAAUAUCCUCUUUACUGUUGAGAUUUUAUUAAAGAUGAUUGCUUUUACAAUGCGUGGAUUUUGGCAAUCUCGACGGAAUCGUAUUGACCUUUUGAUAACAAUACUUGGACUUUUUUGGAUUUUUACUCACUUUACAAUGGCUUUACCAGCAAGUGCUAUUGGUGGUCCUACUGAACUUAAAGAAUUUACAUAUACAUUUGGUUACAUGGUAGUAAUCCUGCGAUUUUUCACAAUUGCUGGACGUAAAACUACUCUGAAAAUGUUAAUGCUAACUGUAGUAAUGAGUAUGGUACGAAGUAUGUUCAUUAUCACAGCAAUGUUUCUCCUUGUACUUUUUUAUGCUUACACGGGUGUUAUUUUAUUUGGGAUGGUCAAGUAUGGACAGGCUGUUUCAAAGCAUGUUAAUUUCCGAAAUGCUAAAGAAGCAUUGGUGGUGCUAUUUCGAAGUGUUACUGGUGAAGACUGGAACGAUAUUAUGCAUGACUGCAUGCGGAGUCCACCGCUAUGUUACUGGGAAAAAGGUGUAAGCUACUGGCAAACUGAUUGUGGUAAUUACUUUGGUGCAAUUAUUUAUUUCUGCUCUUUUUAUCUGAUUAUUACUUAUAUUGUAUUAAAUCUUCUUGUUGCUGUAAUUAUCGAAAAUUUUUCACUGUUUUAUUCAAGUGAAGAAGACGCACUAUUGAGUUAUGCUGACAUUCGUAAUUUUCAACAAGUAUGGAAUAUGGUUGACGUGGAGCAGAAACGCAGUAUACCAGUUCGACGAGUAAAGUUUUUAUUGCGUCUAUUGAAAGGUCGUCUUGAAGUUGACCCCAAUAGAGAUCGCUUACUAUUCAAGCAUAUGUGCUACGAAAUGGUUCGGUUGCAUAAUGGAGAUGACAUCUCUUUUCACGAUGUUCUGAACAUGUUGUCAUACCGUAGUGUGGAUAUAAGGAAAUCAUUACAACUUGAAGAAUUACUACAUCGAGAAGAGUUGGAGUAUAUUAUUGAAGAAGAAGUGGCAAAACAGACUAUACGUUCUUGGCUUGAAAACACUUUAAGGCGAAUUAAAGCUCAACAAAAUAAAGAUAUUCCAUUAAUUGCACAACUUCGACCAUUGCUGAAUGAACAACAUAAUAUGCAAUCAAUGUUACAACUUAAUCAGUUUGGUAAUCAGUUAAAUAUAGCGAAUAACUUUCAACAACAAGAACAAUCAGAGCAAGCGAGUGUAGAAAUAACUGAUGAUGAUGAUGAACUAAUCAGGCGUAAGCAAACUAGAAAAUCACGAAGAAACAGUAUUCCAGAAAUUGUUGGCGAAGCAGCAAAAAAGUUUAUUUUUACUGGAAGUUCAAGUGCACGAUUACGUGGAACACAUGGAGGUCAAUCAGAUCGAGUAAAUACUCGUGAAGAUAAAGGGAUGAAAUCAUUUUUAAUUACUACUGAUAGAAAUAUACCAGUUAUUCGUAAUGAUAGAAAAACAGUCAAAGGUGUACAAGUAAAUUUGCCUACGAGUGAACUUCCUGAUGUUGAAGAAUGGAGUGAAGAGAAUGUUAGCGCUGAAGGAAUAAACUCUAAUAAUGAGAGAAGAUUUUCCGCAGAAGCUGCAUUACUUACCAUAAAUGAACUAAAUAAUGAUAUGAUGACAUUAAUUGGAAAACCAAUGCCUAUAACAAAUUCAGAAGUAUGCUCAACAACACCUACUGAAGAAGGUAAACAUAUCAAAGAGUGGUGGUCUGAAUUUAAUGUUACUCUUGUCAGUUGA